AUGUUCAAGACCAUGCUUUCUGAGGUAGAGAGAAAGAGUACCCUUUCUACUGAUGAACCGAGAAGGAUGAAACAUGCGAGGAAAAAGAAUCACCCUGUGUAUAGCUCAUUUCAGAUUUGCGGCCAUGUAAGUUUAGCGGCAACGUAUGGUUCUGCUUGUUGGGCAUCCUCUAAAGGACCAUUUGGAGUUCCAUUUCGAGUUGGCUCGUGUGGAGCGGAAGAGUAUCUUAUGAGGUUUGCAGCUAGAGAGUGUUGUACUUCAUUGGCACGUUCACAGGCUGGUCCAGCAUCUGCUGCCGUAAAGGUUUUACGCUCUGUAAUGCAACAAGAGGGUACAAAGAGUGGAACCGCUGACAAAACGGCUGGAAGUUUAGUACUUCAGGCGGAUGCUUCCGUUGCUGUCCCUGGAGAUAGGCCGGAGCUGAAUGCUGUUGAGAUAGGUGCUGCUUACUCGUCAGUCUUCACUGUGAUAUCAUAAGAACUCUAUGGAGAAGUUAAGAGAUUUCGAUUCUUGGGAAGAAGAGAGAGAUGAGUGAGGUUGGGGUAGAUCAUUUGAAGGCCGGAUUGAUCUUUGUCCAACCUGUUUGUGAGUGAUGAUUACUGCUCUCGCGGAGCUGAUUUUGUGGAGAAAAGUUUCAGAAUCUGUUACAUGGGGCACACCAGUGGUUGUACCCAAUGGCGUCCCUGUGCAUCCUAGCACACCACCCUUUGAAUAUAUACGUAUUUAAAUCUAGUUCUGGAUCAAGUGUAACAAGAACAGACAGAUAAGUAAAUGUUAAAAGACAUUAUCUCGGAAUUCGAACACGAUUUGAUAUA